AUGACAUCAAUAAUCAAAUUUACACCACUCUCUGGUGGUGCAAAUGAAAUUAGUCCGCCAUGUUACUUGUUAGAGAUUGAUGAAUUCACUAUUUUGUUAGAUUGUGGAUGGAAUCAUUCAUUAGAUCUAUCUAUUUUGGAACCUUUAAAAGCUGUUGCAAAUAAGAUCGAUGCAAUUCUAUUGUCAUAUCCAGAUAUAGAACAUUUAGGUGCACUACCCUAUGCUGUUAGUAAGUUGGGUUUGACUGGAACGAUCUAUGGAACCACACCGAUAUUCAAGAUGGGUCAGAUGUUUCUCUAUGAUCUCUAUUCGAAUCAUAUGGCACAAGAGGAUUUCGAUCGAUUCGAUCUGGACGAUGUUGAUCUCUGUUUCGAUAAGAAGCGAUUCAAAGAGUUGUCGUUCUCGCAACACUACACGCUUACGACACCGUCGUCGGCAACGAUCACUAUCACACCUUACUCUGCAGGUCAUAUGAUUGGUGGUUCCGUUUGGAAGAUCACCAAAGAAACCGAUACAAUCAUCUACGCUAUAGAUUUCAAUCAUCGAAAGGAAGGUCAUCUCGAAGGAUUCUUCCCUGUUUUGCAGGGACAGGAUCUGUUGAAACCGACUCACUUGAUUACUGACGCGCGACACGCUCGUACACCACCGACAGCACUCAAGCGAAUCGAAAAGGAUAAAGCGUUGUAUUCGACACUAUUAAAGACGUUGAGGGAAGGUGGUAAUGUGUUGCUGCCGGUCGAUACUGCCGGUCGUUCUUUGGAGUUGUUACAAUCGAUUGAAUCGCAUUGGGCACAGCAGCGUCUGAGUGGCGCAUAUACAGUGAUAUUUUUGAACAACGUCACUUACAAUGUCUGUGAGUUUGCCAAGUCACAGCUGGAAUUCAUGUCUACUGCGGCGGGAUUGAAAUUCGAACAGCGUAACGAGAAUAUAUUUGCAUUCAAGAAUAUAAAGUUGUGUCAUUCCAUUUAUGAUCUCGAGAAUCUCAUGGGUUUGUCGAGUAACUAUGUGGUAUUGGCCAGUGGAAAGGAUCUAGAGAGUGGCUAUGCGAGAGAGUUGUUUAUAAAGUGGGCUGCCGACAGUAAGAAUCUUAUAUUGAUGACCGAUUCGGUGGAGGAAGGAACACUGGCUUCGCAUCUAUUGAACGACCAACCAGAGAGUGUGACGCUGGAGCUUGGACGUCGUGUGGAACUGGAGGGAGAAGAACUGCGGGCAUACGAGGAGGAGCGACAGCGACAGAAAGAAGAGGAACGUGCAGCAGCUGAAAAGCUGAAACAGGAGGAGGAAGCACUGAAUCAAAUGGUGUUGGAACCUGACAUCCUCGAUGACAAGAUCAUCGAUAUAACAUUCAAGAAGAAUCCAUUUGGAAGCAACCGUUACGAUUUGACACGAGAUCAAUUUGCUAUGGAGGGAAUGCAACCGAUGUUCCCAUUCAUCGAAAAGGUUUUCAAGGUCGAUGAAUACGGUGAGCAAGACGAUGAACUGUUGGAAAUCGCGAGAAAACUCAAUCAAGAGGAUCAAGAGAUGGAGCAACUCGAUGAGGUGGAUGAAAAAAUAGAGGAGACACCUAAAAAGAUUGUAAAAGAGACAUUGACCGUUGAUUUAAAGUGUAGUGUUCAAUAUAUAGAGUAUGAAGGUUGUUCCGAUGGCAAAUCAAUCAAAACUAUCAUUCAAAAGAUUGCACCGUCCAAGUUGAUUCUCGUCCGUGGAAAUCAAGAUUGUAUAGCGGAACUGGAAACACACGUAAAACAAAACAUGAGAGUGAAAGGAUUGUACAAACCGAUCAUCAAUCAAACCAUUGAUCUCACCUCUGAAACCAAUGUAUAUAACGUUGUACUUAAAGAUAGUUUAAUUAGUUCAUUAGCAUCUUCAAAAUUGAUGGAUUAUGAUAUUGCAUAUAUUCAAGCUAAAGUAAUUUUAAACGAAACCAAUAUGAAAGCACCGCCAGUGUUGGAGCUGCUGGCAGAAGAAGAGAUUGAACCACAUAAUUCGUCUUUCAUCGGUGACAUUAAACUUUCGGAAUUCAAACAACUGCUCAUUGAUUCUGGCUAUCAAGUGCAGUUCGAUCAAGGUAUCAUUGCUGUUUCUAUGAAGACCACACUGAUAUACAUCUGGAGAGAGGAAGUCGACGGAAACUCUUCAAUCCAAAUCGAUGGAAUAUUAUCCGAUGAAUAUUAUCAAGUUAGAGAAUUACUUUAUCAGCAAUUCCAAAUCAUUUAA